UUUAAAGAAAUUUAACACUUUUUUUUUUCUCAUCAUUUCUUCUUUCUAUCUCUCUUUUUCUCUUUCUCUCUCUCUCUCUCUUUUUUUUAUAUAUAUUGAUAUUCAUAUAUAAAACAUGAUACGGUUUUUUUUAAUUGUAAAUAAAUCCUGUCAAACACGUUUUUCUAAAUAUUUUUAUGACUUGAAUUGUAAAGAUCGUCCUACCUUUGAAUUAGAAAUAGCAAGACAAUGUAUAACUCGUAAAUCAAACACAACAUUAUUCUUUAGGACAAAAGAAUAUAAAAUAGUUUAUAGAGUUUAUGCGUCAUUGUAUUUUAUCAUUGGAUGUGAUUUUGAAGAUAAUGAGUUUUCGUUAUUAGAGUUAAUUCAAACAUUUGUAGAAUGUUUAGAUCAAUAUUUCGAAAAAGUUACUGAACUUGAUCUUGUGUUUAAUAUCGAAAAAGUUCAUAUAAUCAUGGACGAAAUUAUCUUGAAAGGCCUUAUCUUGGAAACCAAUCAAGAGCGAGUUUUGUCUGUACAAUAAGAAAAAAAAAGCCUUACUUUAUAUCCCAGCCUAUCUUUUAGUGUAACAGUCCUUUAAUAGAACAUAAUAGGCAAAAAAAAAAAUAAAAAUUAAAGUAUAGAAAAAUCA